CGCCCCUCCUCCUCCUCCGAAGCAGACAGCAGACGCGCAGCGAGCGGAUAAGUUCAGUCCGUACAGUCGGGUGCCCCGUUGGUGGUUGCUGUUCAACGAAUUUGGCGCGUCAUGUCGUCUCCUCGGGUCGCAGUGGUUACAGGAAGCAACAAGGGCAUAGGAUUCUGCAUAGUGAAGUUCCUGUGUCAACAGUUUGACGGAGAUGUCUUCCUCACGGCCCGGGACGAGAAAAGGGGCAAAGAAGCUGUGGCAGAGCUCAACAAGCAGCUGCUGCGCCCAAAGUUUCACCAGCUCGACAUCGACGACAUCGAAAGCAUCCGCAGAUUUCGCGACUUCCUCAAGAGUGAGUAUGGAGGCCUGGAUGUGCUCGUGAACAACGCUGGCAUCGCUUACAAGAACGACUCUACAGCACCUUUUGCAGAACAGGCAGAGGUAACUGUGAAGACGAACUUUUUUGGAACACUGAAUGUCUGCAAAGAGUUAUUUCCCCUGCUACGUCCACAUUCCAGGGUGGUUAACGUGAGCAGUCUGGCUGGAAUGCUUCAGAAAAUUCCCGGAGAAGAACUCAAGCAGAAAUUGAACAACCCCGAGAUAACUCUGGAAGAGCUCUGCGGCCUCAUGGACGACUUUGUACAAUCCGCUAAGGACGGGAAGAAUGUCGAGAAAGGUUGGGGGCGCUCGGCUUACAUUGUGUCCAAGGUUGGAGUCACUGUGUUGACCUUCAUCCAGCAGCGUGAAUUCAACGCUGACCCUCGUGAGGACCUGGUUGUGAACGCCGUGCAUCCAGGAUUUGUGGACACUGACAUGACAAGCCACAAAGGUCCUUUAACACCUGAACAAGGUGCCGAUGCUGCAACCUACUUGGCUCUUCUGCCUCCGAACAUCCAGUCACCCAAAGGAGAGUUUGUCUGGCACGAUCGCGCAAUUACUCCGUGGGACAAGUAACCAAAGAAGCACACAAAUCACUGCCACUCGUUUUGUAUAACCUGGUGCUUCUAGC